GUUAAGGCGGUGUCUGCUCGUGGGCGCGCAGUGAGCCUGCGCAAACCGCGGUGUCAACCGACCCCUGUGGGGCUGCGGGGCCAAGCUGCGGGCGGGGCUGCUAGCGGGGCUGCGAGCGGACUUUGGCGUGGCCGGUGGUACAAUAGAAGCUAACCUGAUUGAAGAAAUUUGUCAAUGAUUGUACAUUAUAGUGGAAAUAGAAUCUGGAGUCAAGAUUUUCCCACUUUAAGCAGUUUUGAUGGCAGAAAGAAGAAGGUCCUACAGUGUAGGGGAAGCAAUGGAGGAACUCAUGGGACCUGGUGGACAAAAAUGGGCCAGUAUGGAUCCAGAAGGACAAAUGUUAGCAGCCGCUAGAGCUUUCACCCGUAUCUGUGCAGGGCAGGGUGAGGGAGAUGUCAGGCGAGAAGCCCAGUCUACCCAAUAUGAUCCCUACAGCAAAGCUUCAGUAACCCCAGGAAAGCGACCUGCUCUUCCUGUGCAACUACAGUACCCACAUGCAGAAAGUCAUGCCACUUCAGAAACACACUCAGAGGCCUCCCAAAGAUGCCGGAAGCCAGUGAUGAAGAGAAAGGUGCUGCGUAGAAAGCCAGGUGGGCAAGUAUUAGUGACGGAUGAAUCAAUUGUCAGUGAAUCAGAGUCUGGUACAGAAAGUGAUAUGGAUCUCUGGGACUUACGACAAAAGUUGAUGAAUCUGCAGUUUCAGGAAGACAGGGAAUCCUCCGUUGACAUUUCAGAAAAAUUUAAUCUACCACAUGAAUACCAAGGAAUUUCUCAAGAUCAGCUCCUUUCCUAUCUACGAAGAGAAGGAAUGGACUCUCCAGCUUAUGAACAAGACCUGAUUGUUGCCAGCCGACCCAAGUCCUUUAUUCUCCCAAGGCUGGACCAGUUAAGCCGCAACCGGGGCAAGAUAGACCGGGUAGCCCGCUAUUUUGAGUAUAAACGAGACUGGGACUCAAUACGGUUACCUGGUGAAGAUCAUAGGAAGGAAUUACGCUGGGGUAUACGAGAGCAGAUGCAUUCUCAAGCAGAACCCCAAUCCAAGCCUCAGCACAUAUAUGUUCCAAACAAUUAUCUAGUACCAACUGAGAAGAAAAGAUAUGCCCUUCGUUGGGGUGUUCGUUGUGACCUUGCAAAUGGUGUCAUACCCAAGUAGCUUCCCUUCCCUCUUUCUCCUUCUUAAGUCUUUUUACCUGUCUCUCCUUUCACAGGAUUGUUUGGGAUAACCUGGUUCUUUCUCUCUUUCCUUUUAUUUAAAUAGAAACAACUAACUUGAAAACCCAUGGAACAUUUAUAGAGUAAGGAUUUCACCCAUCAUUGGUCUCUCCUAAGUAUCAGAUUCCACUUAACUGCCAAAUUACCACUCUCAAAUCCAUCAGUGCAAGAGAAAUCAUGCCUGAGAAGGAAAAACAGACCUGGCCUUUUUUUCUACUUUUCAGAUUAGUAAGCAAAGUCAGGUAGCACUAUUUUUGUCCUAUAAUCUUUUUACCUUUGGCCAAUGUGAGUUGCUGUUUUUAUUAGUGUGUUUUUAAAGUUGCUGGGCGUUAAGCUUAUCCAUUAAAGAAUUUUGGAAAUGUA